AUGGCGCUCACUCGCAUACUGGUCCUCGCAUAUAUUGCGCUGGGCGUCCGGGCGCAAAGUACUACUGCAUCCGCUUCGGCGUGCGCGUCAACGAUUGCGCCUAAGAAUGCAGCACCUAGCGUUGCGAGUGGAUGGCGGGCGGACGUUGUGGCGAAUGAGUUGACGAGUCCGAGGGGCAUUAUCUUUGAUAGUGAGGGAGGUUUGUUGUUUGUUGAGCAGGAUCGGGGGAUUUCGAGGGUUAAGAUUAGUGGGGAUGGGGGUUGUGCGAGGAAGGAUGGCAACGCAAGUUUGAUCAUUGAGGACGAGUCGUUGAACCACGGAAUCGAACUCUCGGAAGAUGGAAAGACGCUCUACGCUUCUUCAUCCACCGCAGUCUAUGCAUGGGACUACGAUGCGAGCCAGGGCCGCAACACAUCCGGUCCGCAAGAAAUUAUCGGAGGAUUCGGCACCUCUUCUGGACAUUCCAGCCGAACUCUUCUCCUGUCCCGCAAAGUACCUGGACUGCUCCUCGUCAGCCGUGGCAGCCAGGCAAACCUGGAUUACGACACCCUCGAUAGAAGCACUGGCGUAUCUACCAUCAAAGCCUUCAACCUCACUAAUGCUACCGACUCAGCGUACAAGUACGCGGAAGACGGUCUACUCCUUGGAUGGGGUCUGCGUAACUCCGUGGGUGUGGCUGAGGAACCCGUGACAGGGGGUAUCUACUCUGUCGAAAACAGCGUCGACAACUUCAAUCGAUCAGGCGAGAAUAUCCACCAGAACAACCCUGGAGAGGAGAUGAACUUCCACGGCUACCUCAACGGCACACAGACUGACGACCAGGGAGGCAACUACGGCUAUCCAACUUGCUUCGCCGCCUGGAACGUCGCUGACAUCCCAAACAACGAGGGUAUCGAAGUAGGCACGCAGUUCGCAAUCAACGAGCAAAACUCCACGCUCAACGAUACUUUCUGCAGGGACGACAGAAUUGCUCCUCGAUUGACCUUCCAGGCUCAUCAGGCACCACUGGAUAUCAAGUUCAACCAAAACGGCACCGCUGCUUGGGUCACCUUCCACGGGUCCUGGAAUCGCGACGAGCCCAUCGGCUACAAACUCUCAUACAUCGCCUUCGAUGGCGCCGGCUCUCCUGUCGCAAACUCUACCAGCAACUCCUCCGCCGUCGAUGUGGUAUCCAACCCCGACCUCUCAAAGUGCCCUGACGAGUGUGUCCGGCCUGUCGGCCUAGCAUGGGACUCCGAGGGCCGCUUGUUCAUGAGCAGCGAUGCGACAGGCGAGAUCUGGGUUGUCACUAGGGAAGAUGGAGGUAGUGCUGAGGAUGCGAGUCCGAGCAGUGGGCUGCCGCCGAGUUCGACGGGGAGCGCACCCGCGGGCACGAGUAGUCCGGGGGCGGCGAGCGUGAAUAAGCUGACGGCGGGACAGUUUGGGAUUGUGUGGGCGGGGAUUUUGGCGGCGCUGGUCUGA